AUGAAAUGCGAGCGUUGGUCAUAUACACACCAAAAACAUUUCCAAACAGAUGUAUUUUUAUCAAGAGACUUGGGUAAAUUAUGGAUAGUGAUCCAACCAUUUACAAAAGAGGAUUUACAAAAAUACAAUAAUCGAAAUAAUAAUAAUCAAAAUAAUAAUAGUAUUUAUGAUGAAGAUAACAAUAUAGAUACUGCCACUCCCAACUAUUAUAACAAAAAAUCAUCGAAUCCAAAUACUCCAAAAAAUGCUAAAAAUGAUAUUCAAGAAAGUAGCGAGUAUAGAGUAAAUCCAAAAAAACAAUUAAAAAAGAGACUAUCACAAUCCAAUUUACCAACACAACCAAAAAUUCAAAAAAAGAAAUUAUGGAAAUCAAAAUCGAUGCCACCCAAGGAAUUUAUGGAGUUUAAUCAAGACUUGUCUGUUCAAUUACCACCAACACCAACAUGCUCCAAUAAUUUCAACUUUAAAAAUAAUAGUAGUGGUAGCACGACAACGAUGAGUGAUGCUGGUAGCAGCAGCGGUAGCAGUAGCAGUAGCAGCAGUAGUCAUACACCAUUUAAAAAGAGAGGAUUGGUACGUUCCUAUUCACCUCCAUCCGACACUAAAGAGAUGUCUAUGACUUUGCCAAAAUCUGCAUUGAGAAAAUCAUCACAUACACCAACUAAUCAUAUUAUCGAGGAGACAUCUUCUUCUGCCGUGUCCGACACUCAUACUCAUCCAACAACAACAUCAUCAUCAUCAAACAUCUCAUUUAAAAAUAGUCAAUCUGAUAUUGGAUUUAAACAAUUUAGUAAGCAAAGUUCAUCAUCUUCCAUUUCAUCAUCCAUAUCAUCCUCUUCACUAUCGUCAACUACAACCACUACAAGCAAUAUUAGCAGUAGCAGUUGUAGCAGUUAUUCAAAUUCAAAUUCAAACAUUAAAUCCAACUCAUCCUCUAAUUAUAUGAGUAAAUUAUCUUCAUCGAGUAUGACAACACCCCCUCCUCCAACUACAACAUCAUCAUCAUCGACAGGCACCAAAAAAAUAUCAAUGAGUAAUAAGAUUCUUCAAAAAUCCAUUUCUUUCCAAGAGAAUUUAAAGUCACCCAAAGGUUACCAAAAACUUGGUAUUUCACCAGACUCUUCUUCUGCAGCUGCAGCCUAUGCGGAAAAGGUGUCUAGUUCACCUGACAUUUCAUCUACACCAUUGGGUUCACCUUAUUCGUCAAACUCAUCUUUGUCGAAAUCAAAUAAUAGUAUUGGUAACAACACCAACACCAAUAAUAAUAAUACUACUAAUCCACUCAAAGAAUCAUUAAAAUUGAAACCACCCACUUCUUCUUCUUCUUCAGGAAGAUAUUUCAAUAAUCAUUCUAAAACUACCAAACAAAAUGAUAAUAUAACAGAUCAAGAAAUAUUAGAAGAUAUUAGACAAUAUGAAUAUUGGAAAUCAACUUCUACAACUUCAACAUCUUCAACUUUUACAACACCGACCAUCUCUGGAGGACUACACCAACAACAACAACAACAACAACAACAUCAAAAUAACAAUACCAAUACAAAAUCAUCAUCUCACGGCUGGAGUUUAUCACCAAAGAAAUUGUUAAGAUCAAUUUCAUCAAAUAAUCAUCAUAAUAAUAAUCACCAUUCCAAUAAUAAUAAUAAUAUUAAUAAUAUUAAUAAUGGUGAUGAAAAUUCAAAUUUAAUCAGAGGUGAUACUAAUCCAUCUUAUAAAUUGAUAAAGUAG